AGCCCGCGGCCCCGGCCGCCCGCCCGCAGCCGCCCCCGAUGGAGCCCGAGGAGCGGAAGAUCUCGGUGUGGAUCUGCCAGGAGGAGAAGCUGAUCUCCGGGCUCUCCCGGCGGACCACCUGCUCGGACGUGGUGCGGGUGCUGCUGGAGGACAGCCACCACCGGCGGCAGCGCCUGGCGCCGCCCGAACCCGCCGGAGGGAUGCUGUCGGGGCCGCCGCACUCCUACUGCAUCGUGGAGAAGUGGCGCGGCUUCGAGAGGAUCCUGCCCAACAAGACGAAGAUCCUGCGGCUCUGGGUGGCGUGGGGGGACGAGCAGGAGAACGUGCGCUUCGUGCUGGUGCGCAGCGAGGCUUCGCUGCCCAACGCUGGGCCGCGCAGCGCCGAGGCGCGGGUGGUGCUGAGCAAGGAGCGCCCCGGCCGCGGCCUGGGGGCGGCCCGCGCCAGCCUGGCGCUCACGCAGGAGCGGCAGCGGCGGGUGGUGCGGAAAGCCUUCCGCAAACUGGCCAAGAUCAACAAGAAGCGGCAGCAGCCGCUGGCCCGGGAGGCCUCGUCGGCGGAGAGGAUGGAGACGCUGGUGCACCUGGUGCUCUCGCAGGACCACACCAUCCGACAGCAGAUCCAGCGGCUCCGCGAGCUGGACCGCGAGAUCGACAGGUACGAGGCUAAGAUCCACCUGGACCGCAUGAAGCGGCACGGCGUCAACUACGUGCAGGACACCUACCUGGUGGGCACGGGCGGCGGCGAGCCCGAGCCGGGCCGGGAGCCGGGCCAGCCCGCCCCCGAGGAGGACUACGCCAGGAAGUGCGAGGAGGUGCUGCAGCUGCAGGAGCAGCGGGCGCAGCAGGAGGAGCUGCUGGAGCACCUGGCCGCCGAGAUCCAGGAGGAGCUCAACGAGCGCUGGAUGAAGCGGCGGCGGGAGGAGCUGGAGCUGGCAGCGGGGCCCGGGCUGGCCGACACGGACUGCGACACCACGGAGCUGAGCGGCGGCGAGGGCGAGCUGCACCUGGAGCACGAGCGGGUCAAGACCCAGCUGAGCACCAGCCUCUACAUCGGCCUCAAGCUGAGCACGGACCUGGAGGCCGUCAAGACCGACCUGGACUGCACGCAGCGGGCGUGGGAGGACAAGGAGCGGGAGCUGCAGCGCCUGCUGGAGACGCUGGGCACCCUGGACGUGGCGGAGGCGCCGGCGGAGCCGCUCGGGGCGGCGGGCGGGGGGCGGCCGGCGGCGGCGGGGGGCGGCUGGGUGGAGCAGGCGCGGGCGCUGCGCAAGGACCGCGCCGACAAUGACGAGGACUCGGACACGGGGCUGAGCUCCAUGCACAGCCAGGACUCGGACUCGCUGCCCGUCUGCGAGUCCCUCGUGUAG